UAAUCCUUAAGCUAUAGUGUUGAUUUGGGCCCGUGUUUGGUUAUGACCGGGAUCAAAGACGCACAGGCGUUUGCGAAAGAUGAUUUGACAGAUGGAACGAAUGAUUUUAAAACUCUUAGAGCAGGAAACAGACAGAACGGAAGCUAAAAUCAACUUGCGCUGCCUUGUCCUUGUCCGCCUUGAUUGCAAUAAUGAUUCAUUAUAAAAUUCAUUGCAUCUAGUGUUAGGCUUUCAGAAAGAAAGGAUAUAUAGUACUUACUGCAGAGGAAAUGGUUCUUUUCGCGGUUUUGCCGUUCGAUUCGGGGAUGGAAGAAGAAAACAAUGGUGGAACACUAGAGGCUGGAGGAAAACUUUCACUUGUCCAGCCUCCCUCUCCCAGGCCUCGCCCUGUGCCCCGUCCACGAAACCAAACCAAAGGACUCAGCAGUACAGACAUGAAUGGAAAACCUGCAAUUACAGCUCCUAAGCCUGUGUUACCUCCAAAGCCGAGACGGCCACCGCCGAAUGCACCAGCUGAAAAACCACUGGAAACAAAUCAAGAUGUUCCAUCAAACAACAAUAAUGAUGAGUUACCAGUCGUUAAAGGAUGUUCAACAAAACAACAUUCAGUAACAGAGAAAAGUAAAGACAAUUUAGCGUCCAAUAAGGUAAUGACUUCUGCUGGUAUCACAAACAGCACUGACACAAAACAUGUUGAAAAUGGACCUGAAAAAGUUGACUCCACAGACGAACAGUGGUAUCAACCUUUAAGACCAAGGCAAGGUAGUGAUGAGUCAAGCUCAGAUGAUGCUUAUGAGGAAUUACCAACUGCAGAACAAAGUAAAGAAAGCAAAGCUACUGCCUCAAGGCCUGAUGACCCAAGUAGGUCAGCUGGGAAGUCCUCCCCACCUGUACUUCACAAAGUUAGCAACAGAGACAUUAAAGUAUCUCCACCUGUCCAACGUAAAAUCAGCAACAUUGCUAACAAAAUGUCACCCCGCCUCCCUUAUAAAACUAGUGGUGUGGCAAGUGUAAUCUCCCCACAGCAUCCUCCUCAACCAAAUGACACAAGACAACUGAAAGCUGUUGAGGAGAAUAUAAAAAAUACUAGAAAUUUUGAAAUUUCAAGUGCCGGUGAGAAGUCAAAGCCUUUGCCACCAAAAAAGCCUCUUCCUUCUUUUCCUAAAGGAAUAGGUACUACUGGUCAAAAGCCUGUAAUGGGUGAACUGUCAGCAAGUAAACCACACUUACCACAAAAACCUCCCCUUGAGUUAUCUUCGUCACCUAAAACUGACCAAUCACAAAACUCUGUUGCUGCUCUCGCUCAAAAGUUAUCAACAAUACCUGUAUUUCCUUUCCGAGAUGACAAUGGCAGCAGAACAGGAGGGGCUGUAUUUCCUUCACCUGUUGCUUCUCCAUUGUCCUCACCACGCCCUUCACCUCGUAACAUCACAUCAGGUGCAUCCCCAGACAAGUCAAAAUUGAAAUCUGCGACAGUAAUGGCAAAGGUCAGUGAAGUGGGAAAACCUGUACUGUCCUCUAGACCUGGAACUUCACUGCCAAAAUCACAAAGUCACGUCACAUCUCCUCAACAUGGAAAGGAAUCAAAGAAGCCUCGUCCAGAGCGACCCAUUCCUCCAUCAGCAGAGGCUGUUGCAAGAGUGAGGUCACAAACACUGGAGAAUCUUGAAGAGGAGGAAAAUUAUCCCUCAGAUGAAGCUGUAAACAAGAUACCUGGCCCUGCUAGGAAAUCAUCUUUACCUGAACAACGCAAAAAAAGAUUAGCUUCUCGUCCUCUUUCACGGCGUCUAAGCCCUCAUGUUCCUUCAGCUGAACUUGCACAAGCCAGUAGGCGGCCUCCACCUCUUCCACCAGGAGUUAAUCCUAUUAUGGAAAAACCAGCAAUACUGAAAGUGCCACCAUUGCCUGCCAUGCCACGCCCACGACCAAUGUCUGCGUAUCAACAGACAGAGAGAGAUGCUUUCAAGCCCACUUUGGGCAAGACUGUAUCAGUAGGAGACAUACCAAGAGUUACAUUAGCUGAAGAUCAAUCUGAGUACUCCUAUGCCUAUAACCAUACUUCCAUUGGAGGGACGCCACCCGGGCAUGUGGUAUCAGAAUGUAUUCCACCCAACCCACCCUCAUUUGUGGCAGACAAUGGUGCAUAUGUCACACCUGAUGAAAAUGUUGUCAAUGAGUUUAUGCGGGAUAUUUCUGAGGAGAGUACAUUGGCAUCUUACGAGGUUGCUGAUGAGCAAACUGUUGCUGGGCUUAUGAGCAGUUUAAAAAGGAAGCAGACACUGAAUGGAUUGACUGCUGAUGUGAGUACAGAUGACACAGAGACAGACUCGUCUAACAGUGAUGGUCAUGAAUACUUGGAGCCACCCUUGGAACAAAGUGAUGAACAACUAGAUCCCCAUGAUACCGACGAUGAUGACGCAUCUUCAGAGAACUCAUUUUCAUCAGAUUCAUCACAUGAAUACUGUGUUCCACCUGAAAACCUUCGUCCUCCUGAGCCACCUUCAGAUGGAGAUGAAUAUCAUGAAGUAGAAGGAAUUUAUGUGGAGCCUUCUGUCAAGUCUCCAAGGGACCCGUUUUCUUCAGACGAGGAGAAAGACAGUCUUUCUGAGGAGCCCCUGUACCAAGUUUACAACAGGCGCACUCUCCGACGUGAAAGAAACCUCAGCCGUCGUAGACUGAGCAGUGAUGUGAGUGAUUUGUCAGUAAAUGAUGAAGUAGAGGAACUAACAAAAGGAACAAUGAGAAACAUGAGGAUGCUAUGGUGUGAACUACCACAGGUUAAAGCAAGCGGAAUUUUAGACAGCAUGAAAUCAGAAGAACGUAAACGCCAAGAGGCCAUGUUUGAGGUUAUCACUUCAGAGGCAAGUUAUCUCAAGAGCCUCAACAUUCUUAGAUCACACUUCAUAAACUCAGAAGAGUUGUCCUCUGGCUCCUCUCUGUGUGUUCUAGAACGAGGCCAGUCACAUGUGCUAUUUUCAAACAUCAGUUCCAUUAAAGCGAUCAGUGAGAGUUUCCUCCAGGCCCUCCGAGCACGUCAAAAAGAGGCUGUGGUUAUAUCGUCUAUCAGUGACAUUAUCGAAGAGCAUGCCACAAGAUAUUUCGAAGUCUACGUAAAAUACUGUUCCAACCAGAUCUAUCAGGACAGAGCAUUAAAAAAUCUGAGGAAAAAUGUGAAAUUUCUUGAGGCAGUUUCGAAACUCCAAUCAAGUAAUCAAGCGCAGGGUUUGACGCUACAGUCGUUUUUAGUUCUUCCCAUGCAGAGAAUAACACGGCUUCCCUUGCUCGUAAAUGCGAUUUGUACGCGAUGUGAACCAGGUAGUGAUGAGUUUAGCAAGUCAGACCGAGCAUUAGCUGCUAUCAAUAAGAUUGUGAAUAACUGUAACGAGGGAGCAAGAAAAAUGGAACGGAUGGAAGAAAUUUGUGUUAUACAAACACAGAUAGAGUUUAAAACAAAGCCCCUCGCUCUCGCCACGUCAUCGCGUUAUUUGCUCAGACGAGGUGACCUACUUCAAGUGGUGGAGGACUCUAAAAGUCCAUUGAAGUUAUUGAGACCCAAGUUUAGACCGUUGUACAUGUUUCUGUUCAAUGAUCUGCUGCUCGUGGCGAAGAAGAAGAGCGAUAAUCGUUUCUUAAUCCAGGAUUACGCCACACGCACCAUGACCCAAGUUGAUGAGGCCCCGCAGGAUUGUAGCGUGAAUGUUGAUCACAUGUUCUCUUUGGUUUUAUUGGAAAACUCCGAGGGGAAAACUAAAGAGUUUCUUCUUGUUGGAAACACUGAAACUGACAAGACUCGUUGGAUGGAAGCCUUCAAGCCCCCUGUAGCCGAACAAGAAGGAGAAACUGUUUAUGCUGAUUGGGACUGCCCCCAGGUGAACGCUCUUCACAACUACACUGCUCAACAACCCGACGAGCUCUCUCUUUACGAAGGUGACGUCAUCAAUGUCUUGAAAAAACUCCCGGAUGGGUGGUAUCAUGGAGAGAGGUUGUGUGACGGAACUCAGGGCUGGUUUCCAGCCAAUCAUACUGAAGAAAUACUGAAUGAUCAUGUCCGGGCCCGCAAUUUACGUCAGCGGUAUAGACUGUUGGCAGCUUCUCAACAUUUAAUUGGUGGAACACUUAAGAUUUAAUUACCCUUGUAUUGUUCAAAAUUUUGAAGUUUAGUCUCAAUUGUAUUUCCAAAAUUCAUCUCUAUUUUGUAAAUAGUGAAAACCAGAAUAUUGUCAGAUAAGAUACAUAUUUUAGUACAAUAUUUUUAUAGCAGUAUAAUUUUUGCCUUUUUUUUUACUAAGCUACAAUUUUAUAUUUUUGGGAAUUAAAUAUAAUCGUUUUAACUUUAUGAAAGCGCAUAAAUGCUUCUAGAAAAAUUGAUCCUAGGUGUACAGUUUUGGACUUUGAUUUCCCUGCUCUGUUUAAUGGUAGGCCCAGUUUAACUUCAAUUAUGAAAUUGAAAUGGUUAGUAGAAUACAGAAUAAUUAUUUGAAGCGUGGGUAUGCGAGGAAGUUGUACUGUGGAUGAAGUGAAUAGACAAAAAGUCAACCGGUUGACAAUUUUAUCACUGAGUUUCAAAUUCUUGCUUAUUAAUUGUAUCAUAGUUCAAACUUUUUCCAAUAUCCCUUGGAUACAUGCAUUUUCAGCGGUAUUUAAUUCGAAUCGUAAUAUAUAUACUUGAACUGAACGAAGUAUAGACUUGAAAUGAAGUUUAUUUUCAUUUUAGUUUACUAAUUUUGAAUCACCAAACAUCUUAUAAUUACUUGUUGUAAGUUAAUGGUGAAUUUAAAAUGAUUAGAAAGGAAUGUUAACUUGUCAUAGUUGAUGAUGUACCGUACAUACGCUCUAAAUUAAGGUAAGUAGGUCACAUUGCCAAAUGAAAGUAAGGUAUCGCUCUCGUAACUUUUUUUAGAAGGACUUCAAGUCCAAUAUACUGUUAAAAUUAUUUUCUGUGCAAUGUCGUCGUUUACAAGGAAUAAACAUCAAACAAAUUGUUA